GAGGGCAGGCAAAGUGAAAGAAAGUCAUAUCAUAUGUCGUAGGUUGCAAUUUACCAAGUGGCAGCCCUGUUCCUGUUUUCAAAAACAAAAACAAAUGCCUAUCACUUUCUCUCUCCUGCCCGCCCUGCCCCACUCCCCACUUUUCGCAUUUCCAACCCUGCCCCUCCUGCCCGCUGUGGAAAAACCUUCCCUCUCUCACAAGCACUCUCCCGCUUUCCCCUUCACCCCACUUUCCUCUCUCGUCUAUCUUCACAAUUCCCUUUCUUUCUCUUCUCUAAUUCUCAUUGCUCUCACGCAUUCACCACUAUACAUGUCAUUCUUUAUACUCCAUAACAUUCUGUACGCAUACCAUGAUGUUUUUCUUUGUGUCUAGCUCCAAAUUCUUCAAUUAUUGCAACUGGGGUGGCUUCAAAACUUGAACUUUAAGUGGCUUUGUAUCUAAAGUUUGAGACUUCAGAGUAUGGAAGCUUGUUUGUGAGAGAUUUUGGAAGAUGGGGUUUGGGAGUAAUGCAGUUCAGGCAGGGAGUUUGGAUGUGGACAAGUCAAAGAAGAAGGAAGGUGGUGGAAGGGAGAGAAAAUGGUGGUUUAGAUUUAGCCUCUUUGGAAGCUGCAUACCUACAAGAUCAAAAGUUGAUAGCACCAUAAGUGGCACUAGUGCCCAUAAUGGUGAAAAUGUCAAGUCAGCGACAAUUAGAUCAGAGGAAAACAAAUCUGCAUCUGAUAAAAUAACAAAGGAAACAGUUGCUCCUCAAGAGUCCUCUACGAGAACUAGUGAUGCAGAAAGUAGCCCUUCCACUCCAAAAUUUAGUGAGGAGUUGAAGGUUGCUUCUUGUUUGAGAAAAUUUACAUUCAAUGGGCUUAAGGUGGCAACUAGGAAUUUCAGACCAGAGAGUCUUCUUGGUGAGGGAGGAUUUGGUUGUGUCUUCAAGGGUUGGAUUGAGGAGAAUGGAACUGCACCUGUGAAACCGGGUACAGGGCUCACAGUGGCAGUCAAGACCCUCAACCACAAUGGACAUCAGGGUCACAAAGAGUGGCUUGCUGAAUUAAAUUAUCUUGGUGAUCUUGUCCAUCCUAAUCUUGUUAAAUUGAUUGGUUUCUGCAUUGAAGAUGACCAAAGAUUAUUGGUUUAUGAGUUUAUGCCCCGAGGCAGUUUGGAGAACCACCUCUUUAGAAGGCCCCUGCCUCUUCCUUGGUCUAUCAGAAUGAAAAUUGCGCUUGGUGCUGCGAAAGGUCUUGCUUUUCUCCACGAAGAAGCUCAGAGGCCCAUAAUAUAUCGUGAUUUCAAAACAUCUAAUAUACUAUUAGAUGCGGAAUACAAUGCCAAGCUUUCUGAUUUUGGACUUGCCAAAGAUGGUCCCGAGGGGGAGAAGACCCAUGUAUCAACAAGAGUUAUGGGAACAUAUGGUUAUGCUGCUCCUGAGUAUGUGAUGACUGGACAUUUGACAUCAAAAAGUGAUGUCUACAGCUUUGGAGUAGUGCUACUUGAAAUGCUCACAGGCCGGCGAUCUAUUGAUAAGAGAAGACCAAACGGUGAACACAAUCUUGUGGAGUGGGCGAGACCUGUACUCAGGGACCGGAGGACAGUCUACCGGAUAAUUGAUCCCCGCCUUGAAGGCCACUUCUCGGUUAAAGGAGCACAGAAAGCUGCCCAGCUGGCUGCUCAAUGCCUUAGCCGUGAUCCGAAAUCUAGACCCUUGAUGAGUGAAGUUGUUCAAACUUUAAAGCCUUUGCCAAGCCUCAAGGACAUGGCUAUCUCAUCUUAUCACUUCCAGAUUAAUCGAGUAGACCGAACCAUGUCCAUGCCAAAUCAUAAAAAUGGCAUUAGAUCACAGUUAGUAUCUGUACCUAGGAAGGGUCAACCUGUGAGGACCUUGUCUAGUCCAAAUGGUACACAUGGUUCUCCAUAUCUUCAUUAUACCAAAUCUCCAAAGCCCAUUGGGUAAGAAUCAUUGUUCACGAUCUUUAAUUUGAUUCUCCAUUCAUUCAGUUCCCACAAAUUAGGCCAUCAUCUGUACAGCAACUGUUGUGUAUGGAGAGUUUAUCUGAAACCUGAGGGUAUCAUUGAAGUCUUCUUGUCAUUAUAUAAUCUCAAAUAAGGUAAGUGCAUGAGACAGUUUAAUAUUACACAGUUAGUAGGGAGGACUUGUCAUAUACAGCUUUCAAGUGGGAAACUGUUAUUUACUGAAAUUGUUUAACUUUUCCACCUUUUCUCAGGUUUCCUUCUUUUCAGAAUGUAUUUCUUGUAAAGAAGAAAAAAAUUGUGGUGUUGAGUUAGUCAGAUUUUUACAUACUCAUUGGACAAUAUACAUUUCAGUAAAUACUCAUUGAUGUAACAUUUGUGCUAGAAAGAUGUUUUUGAGUGACUUAAAAAGUGAUGGGCAUGCAGUAAUGCAGGGUUUUGUUUGUUUUUUCUUUGGUGACUUUUUUAGGCAUGUGGUUUAUUUUUUGGUGUGUCAAAUAUGUUGUUUGUUUAGAAAGAGCUGUGUUGCUAUGCACAAAGGAUUCUAUUCUACAGCAAGAGUGCGUGUAAUGUAACCUUCAACUUUCUUGCAUUCCCAACUCGGUAAUGUAUUGGUUAUUUGAUUGAUA